UAGCUCCUCCCCUGUCGUCUAGAGACACCUUUGACCGGUGAUGUCACUGAGUCUAUCCCAGCGCAGACCCGGCCCGAGGCUGGGGCUGGAUUCCUGGAGGCUGCCAUGUUCUCCCUCCCCUCCCUCUCUUCCUGGCUCCCCAGCCUCCCUUCCUUUGAGUGGGGUUCCAGCCUCUUCGACAGCCUCCUGCAAGGCCUGAUCGGGGCCCUUGGAGUCUCGGUUCUCAACAGUCUCCUGAAAGUUUACUUCUUCGUGGCCUGUGUCAAUGACCCCCAGCGGCAGAACCAUAAGCAGCGGCUUCGAGCACAAUGGGCCUCGCUGGAGACAGUGCACCUGGCUGGUCUGACCCUGUUCCUGACCGUGGUAGGGGCCCGGGUGGCCGCCCUCGUGGUACUGGAGUUCUCUCUCCGGGCUGUGUCCACAGUGCUGUCCCUAGGCAAGGGCUCCGGGGACAAGGAGCGACUCCAGCUCUUCCUGGUGUGUCAGUUUUCGCUGGGCUGUGGGCUGACCUGUGGCCUGAGCUUCCUACAGGAAGGUGCCCCACACCGCACCCUGAACCUACUGCUGAGCCUGGGGCUGGCCACGCUGCUCGGCUUGGGUGCCCGUCGCUUCCGCCGGCACGUCUGCAGUCUCUAUGAGUUGCACACCAGCCAGCGCUGCUGCGGGGUCUGCUUGGGCCUGCUGCCUGGCCAGCAUGGCCUGCCCAGGCUCCUGGGCCGCACUCUGGCUGUGGCCUUUGCUGUGAGUAAUUUGGCAGCUGUGGCCCUCAUCAACCAGGACUUCCUGAACACGUCAGAGGCCAUGCGUUUCUGGACACCACUCACCAUCUGCUACACGCUGCUGGUUAUCUACAUGCAGGAGGAGCAGCGGCAACAUCGCUUCAGCCUACAGGGCCAGGUCCAGACGGUACUGGUGCGCAUGGGUGGCCUCUUCAUCCUGUUGAUGACUGUGGGCCGAUGGCUGGACCUCCUUGGUAUCCUUGUCUCCUUUCUGGGUGAGCUGUGGUGCUUGGCAGGUGUUCGCACCCUAAUCGACCUCUGCCAGAUACAGGGCUUUCCAUCCCAGAGGCCUACAGUAACAGCAGCAGUAACACCAGAAAGGGUAUCAACAGUGACAGCUCCAUGUGAGCCCCGGUCUUCUGCACCUGCCUUGUCCACAAGCAAGGCCGCCUCCUGACCUGCCCUAAGGAGGACUCAGAGUCUGUCUCAGGCCUACACAGACUGACCAGCAAGGCCUUGACCACAAGAUGUGGCCUGGAGACUGAGUGCCAGAGCUGGUCCCCACCUAGAGUUCAGGGCAGGCCAUGGGGACCCCUGGAGAAAGGGGACAGCUAGAGGUGGGGGCCUGGGAAGGUGGGGCCGUGAAGGCCCAUGAGUAAAUCCCUCUCCCUUGAAGAUGGGCAGUGGAUGCCACAUCAUCAGACCCGCCUUUCCUGGCCAGGCAGGAGGACAGACUGUGACCUCAGAAUGGGCCCCUGCUCUCUUACCACCCCUCCCCCCCACCUUGCUCUUUCCACAAACAAUAAAGUUGACUUUUCUCAA